GUAGCGUUGUGGUUGUCAUUUUUCAUUCUCCUCCUGCUGUGCUCUGUUCAUUUCAGUAUCUUACAAACCUUACUCUGCUCUGCGAUAUCUUCUUUUAUCUGGUGUUGUAUUUCUAUUGUGAUGGAUUUAGGGGGAACUCCAUGUGAUGCAAUUCUGCCCUCCAAUGCUCCAAUCCCACUGGAAGAUGGUGCUCUCAAUGACCAUCUCUUGCCCAUGAGAGACAGUGCAAAUGGAGAGGAAUUAGAGCUUGACUCCUCUGAUUCUGACAGUUCCGAAGAUGAGACUUCACGACAAGAACUGUAUGAGAUGUUGCUUCCAGCUGCUCUGAAAGAGUCUUGGACUAGCUCGGGUCAUGUGAUUCUUAACUGUUACCAUUUUAAAUUUGCUCCUCAUCCUAGAGAUAGGAGCUACAAAGAAUUUGGUUUGUUUGUGAAGGCACCACUUCCCCAAGAGGCUGAGAGAAUGAACGUUGAGCUUCAUCUUGAACGUGGUAGAUCUGUAAUGGUAAAUUUGGUGCCAUCAGGGGUCGUUAAGCUUUUGGAGGAUGAGAUAACCCAGGCAGAGAGUUUUCAGGAGAUGUUUCUUAAGGUCAUUUUAGACAGAUCAGAAUUUGAACAGGACUACAUACCUUUGAGGAAUUAUGUGUCUAGAUCUAUUUCAUCACCAUCUUACUUGUUGCUUCCUGUGAUUUGUCAUGAUAAUGAGGGAUCGGUAUCUAUAGAUUGGGAAGUUAUUAGAAGAUGUUUAUCCUCCCAAAUUUUCCAGAAUCAUGCAUGCUCUGUUAUCAACGAAAGUUCUUCCUCGGAUACCCAUCUGAUACUUUAUGAUGGCCGUAGAAGGUCGAGUGAUAUCGAGAAUAGUUUAGUGUAUGUCCCAUACAAUCGUAAAUUCUUUUUUGUCACUGACAUUGUGAAUGGGGAGAAUGGAUACAGUCCGUUCAAGAACUCAGGCUCCUUGAGUCAUCUCGAGCAUUUAGCGAGGUUUGGCACUCAUCUUAAAUACCCUGAGCAGCCUCUUCUUUGCGCAAAACAGCUAUUCAAUUUGAAAAACUGGCUACACAAUAGAAAGCAGAAAGAAUCUGAAGCACGUCAUCUGGAAGAACAUACUACUAAGUUGCCUCCCGAGCUUUGUCAAUUGAAGAUAACAGGCUUUUCAAAAGAUAUUGGAAGCUCCAUAUCGUUGUUGCCAUCAAUUAUGCAUCGUCUAGAGAACUUGCUUGUUGCUAUUGAAUUGAAGUCUAUGUUAACGGCUGCUUUUCCAGCGGCAGCUGAGGUUACUGCCAACAGAAUUCUUGAAGCACUCACCACUGAGGAGUGCAAGGAAUGCAUUUCCCUGGAAAGGCUCGAAACACUCGGUGACGCUUUCCUUAAGUUUGCAGUAGGAAGACGCCUUUUUCUUGCCCACGAUAAGUUUAAUGAAGGAAAACUUACGAAAAAACGUUCUCAUUUGGUGAAAAAUAUUAAUUUGCUCAAGCUAGCAACUAAAAAGAAUUUACAGGUAUACAUACGUGACCAGCCAUUCAAACCUAGUGAAUUUUAUCCACUCGGUCGUCCUUGUCCAAGAAUUUGCAACGAGGAAACUAGAAAAGAUAUCCAUUCUCAUGAUAAUGCAGCAAGUGAAGCCAAGUGCAGCAAAGGCCACCACUGGCUACAUCUGUACAUAAUCAGUGAUGUUGUUGAAGCUUUGGUUGGAGCAUUCCUAGUUGACAGUGGCUUUAAAGCUGCAAUUGCAUUUCUCAAAUGGAUCGGCAUAACAGUAGAAUUUGAAGCUUCACAAGUUACCGAUGCUCUCAUGGCAAGCAAUGCUUGCAUUCUACUUGCAGAUAGUAUAAACAUUUCUGAACUUGAAAAUUCAUUAGGCCAUCAAUUUCUCCAUAAAAGUCUGCUACUGCAGGCACUCGUACAUCCUUCUUACCGCAAGCAUGGAGGAGGUUCUUACCAGAGAUUAGAGUUUCUUGGAGAUUCGGUCCUGGAUUACUUGAUCACAUCAUAUCUAUAUUCAGCGUAUCCUAAGCUGAAUCCGGGUCUAUUGACAGAUUUGAGAUCAGUGUUUGUGAUGAAUGAGGCUUUGGCUAAUGUUGCAGUAGAUAGAUUGUUCUACAAGUUUCUGAUUUGUGAUUCAACUAGCCUUCAACGUAAUAUAGAAAGUUAUGCAAACUUCAUCCAAGCACCUCCUUCUGAAAGGGCCUCACUUGAGCAGCUGAGAUUUCCAAGGGUGCUGGGAGACAUGGUGGAAUCUAUUGUUGGGGCCGUUCUGGUUGAUACAGGGUUUGACAUGAACUAUGUUUGGAACAUAAUGUUAUCUUUUCUGGAUACUAUUAUGAGCUAUUCAGGCUUCCAACUUAGUCCUAUUCGGGACAUAAAAGAAUUUUGUCAAAGUUAUGGCUGGAAGCUUCAGUUCCAUGUAUCAGAAGAGCCAAAAUCUUAUUCAGUUGAAGCGGAGGUGAAAGGAAACAACUUUCAUGCCACUGCUUCUGCAGUCAACCGUAGUAAGAAACACGCCGAGAAAAUUGCUGCCAAUCUUAUACUCAACAAGUUGAAGGAAAAAGGAUUCAUACCUAAGGUCAAUUCAUUGGAGGAAAUUUUAAGGUCAAGCAGUAAGAUGGAACCAAAAUUGAUUGGAUAUGAUGAAGCACCCUUGGACACUAUCAAUCUUGGACCAGAAUUUUCUGGUGCAGACAUAGAUCCUUGCCGUGAAGUUGGUAAUUCUCAUUCAGUUCGCAUUACACGGAUAAGCGGAACACCGGUGUCUUCAUCAGGAGCAGCAGAAGAUCUGAAGCCUAGCAUGGCCUUUGGUGGUCAUGAUAGUUCCACAGACUUGCAGUCAUCAUCAGGUCGGUCGGGUAAAACAACAGCCAUAUCACGUCUGUAUGAAACCUGUGCUGCAAACCAUUGGAAUGACCCUUCAUUUGAUUGCAUGGAUGAGGAAGGACCAAGCCAUUUAAAGAUGUUUACUUAUAAGGUUGUAUUAAAGAUAGAAGAAGCCCCUGCUAGGACCUUGGAAUUCAUUGGAGCACCUCAGUUGAGAAAGAAGGCUGCGGCGGAGCAUGCAGCUGAAGCAGCUCUUUGGUACUUGGAAAAGGAAGGGUUAAACAGUGUAGUGUUGUUGGAUAGUCUCAAUGUCCAACCCCUUCAACUUCACCACUGAUUCCACAUGGCCCUUUAGAGUGUGCAGUUCCCUCAGCCUGCACCAUUCAACAUUGAACCAAUUCAUAAAAUUUGAUUCUUGAUUUU